GGGGACCUAAUUUUUCAUGACACCGGCACUUUCAAAAAACUGUUGCGAUAUCUCAUCGCCUGUACUCCCCUCCAUGUGCCUGUUGUUGUGAUGUUUCUAGCUAGUUCUGAGUGCUUUGCUAUCUUCAAUAAGUAACUAAACAAUCAAUAUUUUUUUUCUGCGGUGUGGGAUAAGUACUUUAAACAAGCAAUGGCAGCAGAAGAUAUUGCUCAGCUUACAGAGGCUCUUGCCAAGACCCAUGUUGGAGAAUUAAGCUAUAAGGGACGAGGGCUUAAGCUGGAUAAUGCAGAGUCUGUCAAAGAGAUGGUGCAGGACAUUGAACAGUUUCAAGGUCUGCAGUCCCUCAAACUGGAGGGAAACACAUUUGGGGUGGAGGCAGCACAGAGCAUCGCAAAGGCCCUUGAAGCGAAAAGUGAACUGCAGCAAUGCCAUUGGAGUGACAUGUUUACAGGACGUCUUCGCUCUGAAAUUCCACCAGCUCUGAAAUCAUUGGGUGGUGCAUUGAUGACAUCAGGAGCCCGAUUGACAGAGCUGGACCUGAGUGACAAUGCCUUCGGGCCCGAUGGCGUAAAGGCAAUUGAAACCCUGCUGAAGAGUUCUGCCUGCUACACUUUACGUGAGCUCAGGCUUAAUAAUUGUGGAUUGGGCAUUGGAGGGGGUAGGGUCCUUGCUUCUGCCUUGACUGAAUGCCAUAAGCAGUCUAGUGCAGCGGGCGCCCCCCUGAGGCUAAAGGUUUUUAUAGCUGGACGUAAUCGGCUGGAGAAUGAUGGUGCCGCUGCACUUGCCAAAGCAUUUAAGUUAUUAGGAAGUCUUGAAGAGGUCCAUAUGCCACAGAAUGGGAUCAACCAUGCGGGUGUAACUGCUUUGGCUGCUGCCAUGCAACUCAACCCAAACCUACAGGUCCUCAACCUCAACGACAACACGUUUACUAAGAGAGGAUCAAUAGCCAUGGCAGAGGCUAUCAGUCAUCUCCAGUGCCUUCAGGUCAUCAAUUUUGGGGACUGUCUGGUACGCUCGGAAGGUGCUAUUGCUAUAGCAUGGGCCCUUAAAGAGGGGCUGCCACAUCUUAGGGAGCUGAAUUUGUCAUUUGGAGAGAUUACAGAAACUGCGGCUUUGAUAGUUGCUAAGGCUGUGCAGGACAAAGCUGAUCUGGAGAAACUGGACCUCAAUGGAAACUGCUUGGGAGAAGACGGCUGUGAGGCUCUCAGGGAAACGAUUGAGGGCAUGAACCUAGGGGAUAUGCUGGGCUCGCUCAGUGAUGAUGAAGGAGAGCCUGAUGAAGAUGAUGAGGAUUAUGAAGAUGAAGAUGAGGAUGAGGAGGAAGACAAUGAAGAUACAGAAGAGGAAAAUGGUGUUAAUGGAACAGACGAUGUUAAUGAAGAAAACGAGGAGCCUCACCACAGUUCAGAGCUCAUAGCUUUCCUAAACUCCCCAUCAUCUGAGAAAUUGAUCUCCUUUGGAGCCAAGAGGGUCCAGCUUAUUGAGCAGGAGGUUGAUGUUUCAGAUGCUUGUAAAGUGUCAGACGUUUUUCUUAAGAUCUCUUCAGUAUAUAAAGAUGAACCAGAAGUAAAACGAGCAGUUUUUGAAAGCACAGAUGCUCUGUUGAGGAAGGCUUUUUCCAACUCCCACUCCCGGUCUUACAGUUUCAUCUCCUCGUUGAUUGUAAAUCUGGGACUUUUAAAGAGUGAGGAUAAGAAAAUUAAGGUUUCUGUGCUGCCUGGACAUUUGCUAGCUUUAGAGCACGCAGCAGCACAGGAGUUCUUCCCGCUGGAUCAGGCUGGUGUUCUGGAAGCGUUUGUGUCACGACAUGGCAAAGUCUUAGAAUCCUGUUCCAGUGCCAGAGACGCUCUCAAGACCACGUUGGCAAAAAGGACCACUGCAUAGAUUUUUAACCUUUAACAAAAGCCACUGAAAUUACUUCUUACGGGUCAAAAAAAAAAACUGGAAUAUUACCAAACUUGACAAGCUACUUGAGAAUCUGAAACUAUGUUGUAGUUUAUUUCUGCUCAGUCAAUUCUGAAUCUAAUUUCUCACACAAAACUGUUCAUUCUGUACAGUGAUAUCUAGUGCCUGAAGAUGACUAGUGCAAACUGUUGACAGUAGCUUUACAUAAGUAUGUUGUGAUGUACUUUCAUCUCUUUUUAGAAAUAUUUCUUCUAUUUUUAUAUAUAAAAGGGACGGAUAGAAAAUCACGCACUGGGUGAUAAUUAGGGCUUGAAUGACUGUGAUAAUGUAACUAUAUGACUGUUCUUAUUAGUGGUUCAAGAUUGAUGUGGUGUAUAAUGCACUCUUGUGAGUAAAGUAUGUGUGCCAUUUUGUGAAGGAA